GGAAGGUUAUCGCUUAACAGUAAUGGUCAACCCUAGUGUGUAGAUCGUAUUUGUCUUAGUAUGAGUAUAAUUUUGAUAUUCUACCCGACUUGUGUAUGAGUAAAACCUGAAUUAUUUUGGAUAUAAUAAUGGAUUUGCACUCUCACGCCUAAAUCCGAACUGUUGCAUGCGGGUCAUUCAUUAUAUCUUUCAAAAGAUAAAUUUUUUAAUCUAAAUCAAUGAAGACUACUUAUUCUUUCAAUUAAAGAAUGGAAGUAAAGGUCCUUAAACCCUCUUUUUUAAGGAGGAUCAUAAAGCGUUGUGAUUGGCUGAUUCAAUUUUUGAAAGUUAAUGGGAAUUUAUUAGUUAAUUAAUUGUCAGGGGUAUUUAGGGAAUUAUAAUUAAAUGAAAAACGUUUGGCAUAGUCUUUCUCUUUCCUAAUUAUUACUGUUUUCAAGGCCAUUAGCAGCAUUUCUUGGCCAUCGUUAAUAUGGUUUCAAUUUGGCUUUACAAAUUUUCUUCAUUAAUAAUCUCCGUUGACCAUUAUUAUUAUUAUUAUUAUUUUCAGCGCCAUUGUCAAUCUUUUUAAACAUGCACUAUUAUUUGUCAUGGGUAUCAUUAACUAGUAGUCUAGUACUAUUAAUCAAUAUGUAGUCAUUAUCAACGUUUCAGUGGCCAUUAUUAUUAAUUUGGUUGAGCACUAUCAAUAUUUUUUUUAAGUGGGAUCUCGCUAACAUUAUGGUUAAAUUAACGUGUAUUAUUGAUUGGCCGCUAUCCAUCAUUAUUAACGAUUAUUUUUCCUUUAUAAUUAAUAAUAUGCAUAUCCAUGACAUAAUUAUCUUAUUAUUAAUUACAUUCCACUAGUAACGAUUCAUUUAAAAUUAUUAACGUGUCUUUUUUCUUUCGUAUUAAUAAGUAAUAACCGUGGCGCCAUCAUAAAAGAAUUUAAACCGUGGCUCCCUUGAUUCUCAUUAGUAUCAUUAAGAUUAACUAUUAAUCAGUAUGUAGUCAUUAUCAACAUUUCGUUGCCCAUUAUUAUAUUUUUAAGACGGUUAGCAAUAGUGUUUGAAGUGGUCUCUUACUAACAUUAUGGUUGAAUUAACGUAUAUUAUUAUUGUCUUGUGAGCAUUAUUAACGAUUGUUUUUUCUCUUUAUUAUUAAUAAUAAUAUGCAUCUCCAUAGCAUAUAGUUGUCUUAUUAUUAAUUUGUUUUCACCAGUAACAAUUCUUUUUCGAUUAUUAACUAUUCUUUUUCCAUUAUUAAUUAUUCUUUUUCCUUUAGUAUUAUUAACCCUGGCGCCAUGAUCAAUUUUUUAAAACCGUGUCUCACUUGAUUCUUAUUAUUAUCAUUAACGUUGAUUAUUAAUCUGUGUGUGGUCAUUAUCAACAUUUUGUUGCCCAUUGUUUUUUGAAGGCCGUUAGCAAUAGUUUUCGACGUGUACUUCCAGUAACCUAGUGUUUGAAGUAAUGUGUACUGAUAGAACUCUGACAAUUGUUAACGUUUAUUGUGCUAUUAUUAAUAGUUUCCAUGCCGGCGGCAGAUCAGAUAUGUCGGGAUGGCGACGGGAAGACGGCUACGCAGUCCGCUUUGUCGUCGCGAUGCCGACGAAGCGAGAAAUGGCGGGACGUCGAUGAGUUUGGAGAGGAAGGGAAUAUGGCGAGUGGCAGCGAGGUUACUUACGGCGGAAAGGCGGCGAGAUGGUGGGAUGACGACGGCAACUCAGCAAAGCUACUUUAGUCUUCGACGGGAAGACGAUGGCGAGUUCGGAGACGAAGGGACAAUGGAAACGGUUUUAGGGUUGGGAGGAGGAGGGUUUUUUGAAAAUGAUAAUUAGGAUUUUUACCGUUUUUCUUUUUUAUUACUAAUAUCAUUUAUUUUUAUUAUAUUUCAGUCUUACCCUUAUAGGUAGUUAGCCAAUGAUUAUUAAUGAUUCUCUCUCUCCUUCUCCUAUUGGCUGAAAAGGGUUUAAGAUCCUCCUUUAAAAAUAGGCCUUAAGGACCUGAUCUGACCCGAGGCAAUAGGAAGAAGAAAAAACAAUGUGAUGAAAUUAAAGGCGAUAGGAAGAAGAAACAAUGGGAUGCUUGUGCAACCGCCUGGCAGUUCGCAUGCCUAGAAAGUAGAAACACAGUCCUACAAUAAUCCUGCCCACAUGGUAACCGGCCCUAUUAUGAAUAAUGUGAAGGCCUAAUUUUUCGUAUGCAACAGUAAUCGGGAGUUUGGGUAACUUGUGGCUUAAUAAUAAUAUAAUAAUAAUAAUAAUAAUAAUAAUAAUAAUAAUAAUUUAUUGUUGCCGGUAAGGUAACAUGCAAACAACAGAUAUCGUGUUCUUUAAAUAUUCAUUCCUUAAUUGUGUUGUCCAUCUUGAUAUUGUAGCCCAGAUCUGCUUCUUGUUCUUGAAUUUACUUGCCAUCUUUCUUAAGCAACUAACUUGGAUCAUUUUCUGAUAUUUACUUCUUGUCUCUUUCAUUUUCAGCAGGUCUGCUACCUUCUCAGAGAAGAGAAGCUCUCUGUUCUGUUCAACUUGUUAUCAUGCAUGCAUGAUUUUGUUGUCAGCAACGGCAGGGAAUGGUGAUCAAGAGCUAGCUAGUUCCUUUUGCUCAGACGUCUCUUAAAGUAGAAACAGUUGGCCGGUCUCCUUUCCUUUUAAUAUAAGCGCAUUUUUAUAUUACGAUUAAAAUUUUCAUCCGCAGUGUUGCAGUCUUUAGGCCUACAGUACGUAAUUGGAUCUUUCAAUUGUAAUCCUUCCUAUGGAUUGUCUUUCACAAGAAACUCCUCACUCAUGACAACUUAAAGAAGAAAGGGAUACAACUACCAAGCAGGUGCUCUCUUUAUGAAAAGGCAGAGGAGAACCCCAAUCAUCUCUUUAUCAGCUGCAACUAUUCAAUGGAAGUCUGGCGGAUCAUGAGCGCAUUUGUUAAAACCGAAAUCAGGGCAAUGCUAGUGACAACAUUGCAUCAAGGAUCUACAAUUGGUACUCUCAAAAGCCGGCAAACUCUAGUCAAUGGUGCACCAAAGUUUUUCUUCGUGCUUACUGCUGGAAUAUCUGGAUAGAAAGAAACACCCGAAUCUUCAAGGGAGUUGUUGCAUCAUCACGUGUUACAUCUUAUCGAAUCGGUUGCGCGAUCGCAAGCUGGUUAUCCGCAGCUCAGAAAGUUGCCAGGCAAGAGACCAAGGCCUGGCUGGAAACUUUGAAAAGCAGGUUAAUCUCUUCCCCUAGACAGAGUCUGCUGCAGGGCAACUGAACGCAAACAUCCCUGCGGUUCUGCUCUUGGGGUUCUACUCUGUCAAUUUGCUUCUUCAGGACCUGUUUGAGUUCAUCUCCACCCAGUUCCAUCUUGGGAUAUUUAUGCAGGGGUUCACUCCUUUCCUUUUCCUUUUCUUUAUUUGGGAAUCUCGCAUUUGGGUUCCCCACUUCCCUGUAUGUGUAUUUUCUGGGUUGUUCCAACUUUCCUUUUUAAUUUAUAUUUAUAUCAUCCUUAACAAAAAAAAAAAAAAAAAAUUGUAAUCCUUGUAGCAGGUUCAUCCCUACGCACCUUGAGUUAGUUGAAGAAGUCUGGUCGUUGAAUGUCCCCCCGACAUUGGCUGGACCCAAGAUAGCAUACUAUUCAGAGGAGGAUGAUCGAUGUUGCUGCUUUGAAAUCACUCUCUUGUGUGGAAGCAAAUAAAAUGAUCACCUCUUCAAGGAAACUGUGACACCCAAUUUUAUGUCAACAUUGUCAGAGGUGCUGCUGUUCUAGCUAGCUACUGGGGUUGCAAUAUCUUUAGAGUAAAAAUGAUGCACUUGUUUCUUUUUUUCUUUGCAAAACUUUUUAUACCCGGAUUGGAUUGUUUGACAAUCUACAGACUAUGGGAGCUAUAUAUAUAUAUAUACAGAGGACUCUGAAAUUAUUCGGUUUUAGACUAUGGGAGCUUAUUUGCUGCUUAAUACUCACCGUCAAUGUUGAGACUCGUUUGGAGAACGGGAUUUAGGUCGUGGAUUCAUUGAAUCCGUAGAUUCUGUAGAAAGUUAUGUUUUUUUGUUGCUUUUUGUAUUGUGGAUUUUAGCUUUAGAGAUUUCAAAUCUCUAAAAUCUAUGGAUAUCAAAUCUCUCAUAAUCAGAGAGAUUCUAUAUCUUGAUUCUUGAGAUUUUUUUUCCUCCUACCUUUUCUCUUUCUUUUAUUUAUUUAUCAUAUUAAAUAUAUUUACUAACAAAGUUUAUAAUAUUUCUCGAACCACUGUAAUUUUUUAUUAAAGAUAAACACGUUAUUUAAUAUAAAAAUAAUUUUUUUUAUUUUCAUUGAAUGUUAACAAUCACAGUUACCAAACAAUAAACAUUUUAAAAUCUAUUUUCAACAAUCCGAAGAGUUAGAAUCUUUAGAUUGUUGAAAAUCUAUAGAUUUAAACUCAUAUUCUCCAAACGACCCCUUAGGGCAUAUGGAAUGUGAUUCCAAAACCAAUGAAAGUGACCAGGACUAGCCAACCCAGGCAGGUAACCCUCCAAGGCUCUAACUACUUUGCUUUUCUAAUAUGUUCAAAAGCAUAUUCAUGCCAUUCAAUAUAUAGGGGAUAAUUAAUAUUGUUGCUGUGUGGGCUUCCAUAUAUGUCAUUUUUGCAUCUAGGUUUGGGCUUCCUUACAGUUCCAUCUAUUACAUUUUGUGUUAGCAUGGUAUUGGUAUCUCAAGCUACAAUAAUAGAUUGUAGUUAAUUAAACUAAACUAGGUAGUUGAUAGUUAAUGGACUUAUUAUAUUUCCUCUUAAUUAGUUAGACAUGUUUUUCCUCAUGCUUGGAAAAAGCAAUAGAUGUAAGGGAAACCG